ACUAUAGCAUUCCGGGCUGGGACUUGCGGUUGUGCUUGUUAGUAGCAUCUGAAUAGACAAAGCUAUUGCCGUUGUGCUCGUUAGUAGCAUCUGAAUAGACAAAGCCAUGGCGGAGAGUCUGUGCGUUGUUGUGCUCCUUUUGUGUGGGACUCUGAUCCCCUUCGUGACCGCUGGUGAUGACUGUGAGGGCUACAUCGAUGCCAGCAGCCGAAUCCAUUCCAAGCAGUACUGCGGUGUCUUCCAGGAAUGCUGUGGAACGUGUGAGAAUAGAUACUGCUGCAGCAAUGGCUACGGACAGAUGGGGAAGUCUGAACAGAACAGCUGCUUUUUCAGUAGCAGCAGCAGCAGCAGCAGCACGUUCACCAUCUGGCCGUUCAUAACGAUACCUGUCAUCUUUCUGAUUAUUUUAAUCUCUUGCUGCUUGUGUCCCUGCUGCUGCUUGUACAACAUGUGCCGGAAGCCCAGACCGGUGAUAGCCACGACCUCGCACACCACAGUGGUGAACACCCAGUUCACCCAGCAACCUCAGCAGCCCAUCCAUAUCUACCAGGGUGGCCCUCAGUACCCAGCCUACCAGCCCGUACCCGUCCAGCCUGGGUAUGGGGCUCAGCCUCAACCCGGCUACGGAGGAGGGCAGCCCAUGCCCACAGCACCGGGCAACCAGGGACAGCACUUCCAGCCAGGACCACCCCCUCCCUACCAAGACACUGGUUCAGCCUAUCCUCCUGCUAUCCCAGUGCCUUAUAGUCAGGCUGGGUUCAGUCCAGGACAGCCAUCUUACCCCAUCCAGCCUCCAGGUCAGCCUGGCUACCCAGCCCAGCAGCCCGGCUACCCAGCCCAGCAACCCGGCUACCCAGCCCAGCAACCAGGCUAUCCAGCCCAGCAACCAGCCUACCCAGCCCAGGCUGGCGCGCCUCCCGCCCAGCCUGACUCCCUCUCUGCUCAGCCUGCCUAUAACCCUGCCUUCGUCGACUCCCAACCUCCGAAAACUGGCUACUGAAUCAAUUCUCCAUCACUGUCUGUCUGACGCAGUUCUCCAUUAUCCACAGGUUUCCCUCCCGUUCCCCACCACCCCACAGGUCUCCCCCAACACCCCACAGGUCUCCCUCCCUCCUGUUCCCCACCACCCCACAGGUCUCCCUCCCUCCCGUUCCCCACCACAGGUUUCCCUCCCGUUGCCCACCACCCCACAGGUCUCCCUCCCUCCCGUUCCCCACCACAGGUUUCCCACCACAGGUCUCCCUCCCUCCCGUUUCCCACCACAGGUCUCCCUCCCUCCCGUUUCCCACCACAGGUCUCCCUCCCUCCCGUUUCCCACCACAGGUCUCCCUCCCUCCCGUUUCCCACCACAGGUCUCCCUCCCUCCCGUUUCCCACCACAGGUCUCCCUCCCUCCCGUUUCCCACCACAGGUCUCCCUCCCUCCCGUUCCCCACCACAGGUCUCCCUCCCUCCCGUUCCCUACCACAGGUCUCCCUCCCGUUCUCUAUGUAGUGCACUAUCCUGGUCAAAAGUAGUGCACUACAUAGGGAAUAGUGUGCUGUUUGGAAUGCUUUGGAAUGCAUACUAUACCUUGUUAGGGCCCAGGUUUAUUAUUAUUAUUACAGUCUAAACAAAACAGCAAAAAGGGAAUCUUCCAUGUAUUUCUGUGCCUCUGUCUUCAUUGUACAACCAACCCAAACUGUGGUUAAAAUAAUUUAAAUCAUUUUUUGCACUGUAGUUGAAUGACGUAGAGUAGAAGACAGUCAAGAAUCAAAAUGUCUGAAUCCUCAUUCACACAAAUUAUGAAAUAUACCUAAAUCUAGUUUAGUGGUAAAACGUAUGUCCUGUUAAAAUGUCAAGUUAUCCUGUCUCGUACUGAAACUAGAUGUAAGAAACAGUUGUGCCUUUUUGUUUUUAUACCAUAAAUUCUUGGUCCAACCAAAUUAUAUAUAUAUAUAUAUAUUUUUUAAAUAAAACCAUCAGAUAAGGUGGUUUUUAGACCAUUUUAAAGCCGUGUCUAUGUCCCCAUGUAGGGCACUGCUUUUGACCAGAGCCCAAUGAACUCAAAAGUAGUGCCCUAUGUAGGGAAUAGGGUGCCAUUUUGGACGUAAACCGUUCUAAAGAAUGUUAAAACUUCCACAAUAUGCCUUGUUUAUCCACUCAUGCUGUGAGAUCAUGUAAAAUCAUUCUUCUACCAAGCCUUGUAGGUGAACCAAGCUGCAUGGAAACAUUACCAGCCUUCAAAUGAAAUGUAAUGCUUUUAAAAAAAAAUGUCUUUAUUUACAUUUAAGUCAUUUAGCAGACGCUCUUAUCCAGAGCAACUUACAAGUACAUACAUUCAUACUUUUUUUGUACUUAUCCAAGUGACCUCUUCUCUGUUGAUAAAUGUUCCUUAAACUGCAUCCCAAAUAGCCCCCUAUUCCCUAUAUAUAAGUGCACUACUUUUGAGUUCCUAUGGGCCCUGGUCAAAAGCAGUGCACUAUUUUUUGGGAGCCAGCCCCUGGUUUUCCUACGCUGUAUCUGUGAAGUCAGGGUCUGGAAAGGUCAGGUAGAAAUACGCAGUGUAGAACAUACAUGCUUCUGACAUGUUGGGACUAAAGGAUCAUGGCUGCUAUUGGUUGUAUUUCUGUCUGCGUUCGGGUAUGCUGUUGCACCCCUUUUUUACACGACCCUCGUUUGUUAGAACUUGUUGCCCAGGGUUGUUUUAUCUGCGUCACACGUGUUUCGAUCCAUGUCAUGGGGUAUUCAACUUUGACCCUACGAAGGGGACGGAGCCUGCUGGUUUUCUGUUCUACCUGAUCGUUAAAAAUUGGACCCACCUGGUGUCCCCAGGUCUAAAUCAGUCCCCGAUUAGAGGGGAACCUGGUGUCCCCAGGUCUAAAUCAGUCCCCGAUUAGAGGGGAACCUGGUGUCCCCAGGUCUAAAUCAGUCCCCGAUUAGAGGGGAACCUGGUGUCCCCAGGUCUAAAUCAGUCCCCGAUUAGAGGGGAACCUGGUGUCCCCAGGUCUAAAUCAGUCCCUGAUUAGAGGGGAACCUGGUGUCCCCAGGUCUAAAUCAGUCCCUGAUUAGAGGGGAACCUGGUGUCCCCAGGUCUAAAUCAGUCCCUGAUUAGAGGGGAACCUGGUGUCCCCAAGUCUAAAUCAGUCCCUGAUUAGAGGGUAACCUGGUGUCCCCAGGUCUAAAUCAGUCCCUGAUUAGAGGGGAACCUGGUGUCCCCGGGUCUAAAUCAGUCCCUGAUUAGAGGGGAACCUGGUGUCCCCGGGUCUAAAUCAGUCCCCGAUUAGAGGGGAACCUGGUGUCCCCAGGUCUAAAUCAGUCCCUGAAGAGGGGAACCUGGUGUCCCCAGGUCUAAAUCAGUCCCUGAUUAGAGGGGAACCUGGUGUCCCCAGGUCUAAAUCAGUCCCCGAUUAGAGGGGAACCUGGUGUCCCCAGGUCUAAAUCAGUCCCCGAUUAGAGGGGAACCUGGUGUCCCCAAGUCUAAAUCAGUCCCUGAUUAGAGGGGAACCUGGUGUCCCAGGUCUAAAUCAGUCCCUGAUUAGAGGGGAACCUGGUGUCCCCAGGUCUAAAUCAGUCCCUGAUUAGAGGGGAACCUGGUGUCCUCAGGUCUAAAUCAGUCCCUGAUUAGAGGGGAACCUGGUGUCCCCAAGUCUAAAUCAGUCCCUGAUUAGAGGGGAACCUGGUGUCCCCAGGUCUAAAUCAGUCCCUGAUUAGAGGGGAACCUGGUGUCCCCAAGUCUAAAUCAGUCCCUGAUUUUAGAAGGGGAACAAUGAAAAUGCAGUAGAACUGGCUUUGAGGUCCAGAGUUGAGUUUGAGAGCCCCACAUUGGAUGUGUCAUAAUACCCAUAAAACCUAGCUGUCAAACAGGGAAAUGGUUCCAUUCGUGUUUCCCAUCGGGGAUUUUAGAAACACAAAAAAAUAAGGGCUGUGUUUCGUGUAGACUUACCCUGGUGUGACUCAAUAUAUAUUCAGAUGGGGAGUAUUAUGACUCAUGCUAUGACAGGAAAACCAGCCUUCGUCUGUUGUUCAUGUGUGACUUCAGGUCGUGAGCACCUCGUCAGCCAUAUCUGCUUUAUAGCGUGCUGCUUGUUCGACUGAGUAAAUGACAUGCCGUGUAGUUUUAAAAUGUUAUCAGGAAUUAAAUGCCAUUUUGCUACAACGACAAAUAAAUGUAUUUUUUUUUUCUUUUCCCAA